AUUGCAAUUUCACUGCUGGUAUCGUGGCAAUUGCCCCACCGCACCAUGUCGGCCGCCGAAACCGCCGUUUCGCCGCCGCAGUCGCAGCCGCUACCGGAUCCACCGGAUGCCGCCGACGCCGCCCAUUCCAACUCCCACUCCACGGCCGAUGAGACGCAAACCCCAAACGAGGCCCAGGCACAGCCCCAAUCGCACUACCCGGCUCCGCCUCCUUCGGGGGAGGACGACGACGGGGCGGCUACCUCCGGCGCGUUCGCUGUAGGGGACGCCGCGGCGGCGGCGGUGGCGAACGAGACGAUGGAUGAGCGGGUGAGGGGGCCGUGGUCUCCGGAGGAGGACGCUGUUCUGAGCAGCCUGGUGGAGAAGCUCGGAGCCCGGAACUGGACGCUGAUCGCACGCGGCAUCCCGGGGCGCUCCGGCAAGUCCUGCCGCCUUCGCUGGUGCAACCAGCUCGAUCCCCAAGUCAAGCGCAAGCCCUUCACUGAAGAGGAGGACCGCAUUAUAAUGGCUGCUCAUGCUGUCCAUGGGAAUAAGUGGGCGUCUAUCGCAAAGCUUUUAGUUGGGAGAACCGACAAUGCAAUCAAGAACCACUGGAAUUCCACCCUGAGGCGUCGAUACCGCAACGGUGGCAGAUGCACACAUGGUGCUGCUGUGGAGCAAAGUAUCCCAGAGGUGUCCAGGGCAGUUUCUGAAGAACCUUGGCCUUUAGGGGAUCUUAAUUCCUUCAAUGCUAUGGAUGUGAGGGAUGAACCUAUGCAAACACUACCACAAAGUUCUACUGGGGCAUGGUACGUUGGAGAUCAGAAUUAUAGUACUGAAGUUGUUGAUCCACCUUACCUGACCCGACCAGCUGCAAAGAUUGGUGCUUUCAGACCAUACAAUCUAGGACAUGCAGAAUCAACCCAACAGGAAACGCCAAGCUCUGUCUUCAAGUUCGACUCAACCCUUAAAGCUUUGAAUCCUGAAAAUGAGGUAUUCAAGUUUGUUGAUCCUGCGUGCUUUGCUGCUGAGGUGCCAAACAAAUGUGGACACUGUUGCUGCAGUGCUCAGGAGCUGCCUCAUAAUAACUCAUUGCUGGGUCCUGAAUUCAAUGAAUUUGAAGAUCAUCCACCAGUUUUAAAUAGUAGCUUUGCUUCAUUAGUAUCAGAAAUUAGCAGCAUUGCCUGGAUGAGAAGUGGUAUGCAAAGCAGCGAUACUAGUAGCUUAUUGCGGUCGUUUCCACCAGCCUGACAAAGUAGGAAUUAUGUGGACUAACAUGUUGGUAUAUUUUACAGUUGUUCACUAUAUUCAGACAUAAUGAGGUCAAGUCAUUGAUUAUAAUCCUGAGUUUCACCAUCAAUAGAUGGCAAUGUGUUUGCUUUUA